AUGGUCAGACUACCUUUUUAUCUUCCUAAUCAACGACAAAUUGUAUAUGGCAAAGAUGAUGAUAUUGACGAUGUUCUGGACAAACCUUCUGUUGCUGCUUCGAAGUUCACAUUGUGGAUGGAGUGUAAUGCAAUUGAUACCGAAGUACGAGAACUUACAUAUGUUGAAUUUCCUAUAAAGUUUGUUUGGAUAUUAAAUGGUCGGUUUUGGAAGCGAAGGAAAUUAGGAAAACCCAUUUGUAGAAUUCAUUUAGUUUCACCUAGUCUUGGUGAAGCUUACUUCUUAAGGAUUCUUUUAAAUAAAGUUAAAGGUCCAACGUCAUUUGAUGAAAUUCGCACGUGGUCGUUUGGGAAAAUACAUGAGAAUAUUUGGCGGAUGGAAUUCUAUAUAACCAACGACAAAGGUGCAGACUUAUCACUCGGUGGAGAUGAACUUAAGAACUUAACUUUGUUCGAAAAAGAACAAAUUUUACUUCGAAACAACUCCACUCUCAAAAAGUUCACAAAGAUGCCUUACCUAGAUGUUGAAUCUGUUUCUUCUUCAAACAAUCGACUUAUCUCCGAGGAGCUAGAUUACGACAUUCUCGUUAUAAAGAAUGACUUUGAUCAUAUGUUUCUUGCAUUAACAGAUGAGCAACGUAAAAUUUUACUUAACAUCAUGAGUGUUGUUAAAGAAAAUAGAGGAGGUGUCUUCUUCGUUUAUGGUUAUAGUGGAAUGGGUAAAACCUUUUUAUGGAAGACAAUAUCUGCAGCAAUUAGAUAUGAUGGUAAUAUUGUUUUAAAUGUUGCUUCAAGUGGUAUUGCUUCGUUAUUAUUGCCCGGUGGUAGAACAACACACUCUCGAUUUAUACUUCCAUUUGAACUUAUAGAGGAUUUUGUUUGUAAAAUAAAUCCAGAUGGUGAGUUGGUUAGCUUAUUAAGAAAAACCUCUUUAAUAAUUUGGGAUGAAGCACCUAUGGUCCAUAAGCAUGUAUUUGAAGCUUUAGAUCGAACUUUGAAAGAUGUAUUAAGGUGUGGAAAUUCAAGCAUCUCAAAUAUUCCAUUUGGAGGGAAAGUUAUUGUCUUUGGAGGAGAUUUCAGACAGUUUCUACCUGUUGUUCCGGGUGGCAGUAGACAAAACAUUGUUAAUGCUUUUUUGAGUUCUUCAUAUUUAUGGGAUCAAUCUGAUACAGAAAAAAUAAGAGAUUUUGCAAAUUGGCUAUUGGAUAUAGGAGAAGGCAAACUCGGUGGUCCGAACGACGAUGAAACGAUUAUCGAUAUUCCGGAUGAUAUUCUCAUUAAUGAUCCAGAUGAUCCUAUAGGAGAUGAGGUUGAAUAUUUAAGUUCAGAUAGCAUAUGUGAGUCCGAAUUUGUCCAUGAUCAGUUUGAUGCAAAUGUAUACUCUCCUGAUGUAUUAAAUGGUCUCAAAGUAUCCGGUCUACCAAAUCAUAAGUUAGUUUUAAAAAUUGGUGUUCCAGUAAUUUUAAUGAGAAAUAUUGAUCAGAAAAAUGGUUUAUAUAAUGACAUAAGACUACAGGUGAUAUCAUUGGGCAAACAUGUUAUUGAGACACGUAUAAUAUCUGGAACUAAUAUUGGAAAUCAGACUUUUAUUCCAAGAAUGUCUUUAACUCCAUUAGAAGAAAAAAAUUCCCUUCAAAUUCAAAAAAAGACAGUUUCCUUUGGUUGUAUGUUUUGCGAUGACUAUUAA